CGUUAUCAGUUAACCCGGAAACCGUUUUCACGCCGGCGGUCACCUCUACGGUCCAUGCUGCUGCUUCAGUGUGUUACGCCGCACGGAGUCUGAUAGUCGUUUAUAAUGGCUGAGUUUCAGCAAGCACGGGUUCAGUCUGCUGUGGACGAAAUGGUACAGUGUUUAGAGAGGGAUCACAUUCGCAAAAUGCAGUCUCGCAUGUUUCGCUGCAGUGCUGAGUGUUGUGACCGGCCUGGCGCAUCUAUGCAGCAGGUACACCAGUGCAUUGAACGAUGCCACACUCCAUUAGCACAAGCUCAAAAUGUUGUCACAACUGAGUUGGAACGUUUUCAGGACCGGCUAACUCGUUGCACCAUUCACUGCAGUGACAAAGCCAAGGACGCCUUUGAUUCAGGAUCUAAGGAACCAGCAGUCAAAGCCCAGAUGGAACAAUGUAUUACGUCGUGUGUGGAUGAACAUGUCAAUUUGCUACCAAGUAUGACACGGAAGUUGCGAGAAACUCUAGACUCUUUUGGAAAGUAAAGUGAAAGGUAUAAAGUAGUAACUGGAAUGAGGACCCAUGGCUUUCAGAGUCAAGAUGUGAUCAAGACAAUAAGAACAUCACUGGGGUUUGUUACCCUGAAUUGAAAAGACUGUUUGCAUCUGUAAUUUAUGCAUUUUAUUUUGUAAUUAGAAACAUACAUUAUUCUGUGGGUUUGUCUCUGUAUGUCCAUACUUGAAACAAGUGUGGAAUUUUUUUUGUUAUCCAAUCAGUUAUCAGUGACAGUUAAAAGAAUCCUUUCAUCUUUCAUACUUUUAAGUGUGGCCAAGCACAGAUGGUUCAUGAUUUAUAUCAUUUUUGAUAGUUUUCUAGUUCAUCUUUACAUCACCAAAAUAACCUUAAAUUUUGUGUCAUUUUAGAGUCUAGUGAACCAAAUACAUUUUAAGAAAAUAUAAAGCGAGUGCAAACAACAAAAAAAAACUGUGUCCUUAUGUUACAGCAUAUGCUGAACUUUCAAAUGCAUUUAAAAUCUGUGUCAUAUUAGUAAGAAAUAUACUCCAUAUGUGACUGUUUGAGUGGUGGUUAUGAAAUGUAAUGGGGCAAGUAUGGAAAUGGUCAGAUUUGCAUUAAGGGUGUGUACUCUAAAAUUGUGUUUAUAGGAUGAACUGAAACUUUGCUGGAAUAUAAAAUAUGUUUUUAACAAGCCUCUGUGGAUUACAAAAUCAUCAUGAGCCACAAUUCUCAACAAGAUAAAGUAUUUUGCAAAUUUUAUUAUUUAUGUUUUAUAUAUUUGUAACUUUGUCCAUAUAAGUCGGGAGAGUUUACAGACUGAUCAGGGCUUACGAUGUAUCAAAAAACCUGACCAACAGAAAUUAACUAAUAAAUUUAAUUCUCAAAUGUCCACCACAA